GUGCGCCUAGUGAUUCUAGUGACGCAAAUCGACAACAGAGUGAAUAAAAAAAGCGUUUCAACGUCGUCGUUUUACUUCUCCUUUGUUUGAUUAGGGUUUUUUCGCUUCUUCUAUUCACUCUGUUACGGUGCAACCUAGCAGCCUCCAAAUCCAAUGGCUUCAGAGAAGAAACUUUCGAACCCAAUGAGGGAGAUAAAAGUGCAGAAGCUCGUCCUCAAUAUCUCUGUUGGCGAGAGUGGAGAUCGUCUCACCAGAGCCGCCAAGGUGUUGGAACAACUUAGUGGCCAAACCCCAGUGUUUUCCAAAGCAAGGUACACUGUUCGUUCCUUUGGGAUUAGAAGAAAUGAGAAGAUUGCAUGCUAUGUCACUGUCAGAGGUGACAAGGCAAUGCAACUUUUGGAGAGUGGUUUGAAGGUGAAGGAAUAUGAACUUCUCAGAAGGAACUUCAGUGAUACUGGUUGCUUUGGCUUUGGUAUUCAGGAGCAUAUCGAUUUGGGAAUCAAGUAUGAUCCUUCAACUGGUAUUUAUGGAAUGGAUUUCUUUGUUGUUCUGGAGCGUCCUGGCUAUCGUGUCGGACGCCGCCGAAGGUGCAAGUCCCGUGUUGGAAUUCAGCACCGUGUCACAAAGGAGGAUGCUAUGAAGUGGUUCCAGGUGAAAUAUGAGGGAGUGAUCCUUAACAAGUCCCAGGCAAUUGUUUAGUUAGAUUGAGUUCACUUUAGUUUGAAGGCAAGUUUUGAAACAUUGUUUGUCAUUUCAGUUUCAUGAUGAAGCAUAUGGAUUAACAUGAGCCCUGUUUAAACUGCACUUUUAUUGCAAAGAACUUGUGAACCCCACGUUAUGCAAUUAUGCUUGGCAAUUCACUUA